CGGAAAGUCUACGGCGGGGCCCAGAACAGAAUCCCUCCCGAGCUUCGCUCUCAGUGUCAGUGUCAGUGUCAGUGUCAGUGCCCUGAACAACCAGGAGACCGCACUGGAUCUUCCAUCCUUCAGUCAGUCCACUUGCACUCCCGUCCGUCCUCGGUUUCGUUUUCCGAGAAUCUCUGAUCACAGAUCCUCACUCAGUCAUCCGGCCGCCAACCACCUCACCACCACCACCACCACCACCACGACGUUCACGGUCCACACCUUCACACUUUCACCACCCGCACCACUGUUUGUCUACACCAUCCCAGCCAGCAGCCGCCUUCUAUCUCUUCCUCGCUUGUCUUCUUGACGAAACUUCCUCUCCUCCCUCUCUCAUCUUGGCUGGAUCCCUAGGUCAGGCUACACUAGACUACCAUACACUACACUACUGCCUGGGAAACAGAUCCGCUGAUCGGCAUUGACACGUCGGCCCCCCCAGUCCGUCGUUCCUCAUCUACCACGCCCGCCGCACCCACGCCUGCGCACCUGAUCCUCGCGAGAAUUUUUACGCUUUCUUCUCCGGCCAACCGACCGACCACCCAGCGCAUAUCGCACCGGUAGCCUCGCGAUAACGGCAACACCCCGCCAUCUGCUGUCCGUAUCCCGCUGCUGACUACCGCUCGCUACCAAAUCGCACACGCACAUCCCCGCACAAAACACCCCGUCGACCGAUGACACGAGAUCCCCGAUCCAAGGCUUAGAACAAUGGCGAGUCCGGUGGGGGAGGAUAACUGGGUCGACUUUGUCGACCACCAGCUGCGUGGCGCCACCGACUUCGAAGGCCGCGUCAAAGUCAUCGAGACCUUUGGUCGCGCCGUCCAGGCCGAGCCCGGCAGCCUCAAAGUAUGGAUGGCCUACUGCGAAUACUUCUGGUCGCUCUAUUCCGACUGCCAGCCGGGUAGCGACGCUGGCUGGCCCAUGGAGGAGCAGCGCGCCGGCUGCGAAACCUUUACCCUAGACCGUGCCCUCAACCUCUGGCAGGAGGGCUACGAGGCCGUCCAGUACCGGCUCUCCGACAGCCACCAGCUCUGGAAUCGCUGGGUUUCCCUCGAGAUGGAGCUGCUCGCCCGCACAGCUACCGAGGCCGGCGUCCGCCGCAUCACCCAUCUCUUCAAGAACCGACUGGCGGUGCCCCAUGCCGCUUGGGAUAACACGUCACAGAUGUUUUCUAGCUUCCUCUCCGAGUACAACCGCGUCAACUACGAGUCCGAGAUGCUGCACGUUACCGCUAACGCCCGAGACGCCAAGCGCCUGUACGAGAUGCGCGACCCUUGGGAGAUGAAGCUCAACCAGGCCCAGAAGGUGGGCGAUAUCGCGGGCAUGAAGGCCAUCAUGACCGAAUACAUUGAUUGGGAGAUUAGGCAGGCCAAAUCCAAAAAGGACCAUCAUAGCUUGCUCAACAUCCGCAUUUGCCUGGGUCUGUUUUCGCGUGCUCUUACCGGCAUCAUGUCUUCGGAUGAAGCGACCUGGCUCAACUUUCUCGUUUUCGUCUCAACAUGGCACUCGGACAUCAAAAUGGGCCGCGUAAAGAUCCCCUCGUCUACCCUGCCUAACAUGCUGGACGUCCUUCAGCGCGCUGUGCACCACGUUCCCUGGUCCGGCACGGUCUGGGCCCGCUACAUCCUGGCUGCCGAGGAAGCUGGCCUAGGCUUCACUGAUAUUGAGCGCAUCAAGCACGCAGCGACGAGCUGUGCUCAACUCGAUCGUGAUGGCAUGGGUGGAGUUCUGGAAAUGUACUCGGCUUGGUGUGGCUACCUCAAGCGCACCGCCAUGAACCCCAACGCGACUGAAGAAGCCGUUGACCUUGCCGAAGUCGGCCUCCCGUCCGCCCUGGAAGACGUUCGACACUGGGGCAAGCGACGGUACGGUGAUGCCUACCAGGGUGACCCCAACUUCAGGUUAGAAAAGAUCUUGAUCCAGUUUCUAACCGAAAAGAAGGAUGACAUUGAUGAAGCACGCAACGUAUGGGAGCAGCUGUCUGUCAUUCCCCUACACGCCAAUAGCUACGAUUUCUGGCUGGCUUGGUUCCUAUGGGAAAUGCUCGUCUUCGCCUCUACCAAGAGCAAAAACCGGAGUCCUACACCUGCUACCUUGGCCCAAGGCUUGCGGGUCCCCUCAUUUGCCACUCGUGUUUUCAUCAAGGCUCUCAAGGUGCGCACGCUUGACUGGCCUGAGAGGAUUAUGGAUGUUUAUCUACAGCAUUGCAACGAUUACGAGCUGGCCGAAACCCUCCGGGAAGCCCAGGACACCAUUUACAAGACACGAAAGGGCGUUUCUAGGCGUCGCGAGAGGGAGGCUGCCCAAGCACAAGCGGCGGCACAAGCUCAAGCCCAGGCCGCGUACGCGGCACAGGCGGCCCAGACCCAGGCCCAGCACCAACCGCAACUACACCAACAGCAAGAGAAAUACCCACAGCAACAAUACCAGGAUUACCCCAUGACAGAAUCCCCGCAAGCUGGCACAUCACCCAGCUCCAAGAGGAAGCGCGAAGAUGGUUUUGAGGAUGAGGUUGAUGACUGUGCCAAGCGGGCGAAGAGCGAAACAACUAUGAGUGCGGCUGAGCUCAAGCGUGACAGGGAAAACACAUCGGUUUUUGUUCACAAUCUCCCCGAAGGCAUAACCCAAACCAAGCUACGACAGUUCUUCCGCGAAUACGGCCACAUCAACAACAUUGACCUCCAAAAGAGCGAAGGUACCCCGGCUGUGGCGCUGAUCGAGUUCAAGUCGCCAGAAGAUGCUCGGACAGCUUUGCUUCGCGAUGGGAAACGCCUCGGCGAAUCAGUUAUCCAAGUCAGCCCGGCAACCGAUUGCACUCUCUUCGUGACCAAUUACCCGCCUGAGGCAGAUGAGCAGUCUAUUCGUGAUCUUUUCAAACAAUGUGGUGACAUUCACAGUAUCCGUUUUCCCAGCCUCAAGUACAACACCAAGCGUCGGUUCUGCUACGUAUCCUUCCGCGACCGAUCCGCUGCAGCCGCGGCCACUCAACUCGAUGGCAAGCCGUUGGAGGGAGGAAAGUACAAGUUGCAGGCCAAGCUCUCCGAUCCGGGCCACAGGCAAGUGCGCCAAGGAGCUCAGGCCGAAGAACGCGAGCUCCAUGUGAACAACCUGCCUCGUGCAGCAAGCGAAGAGGACGUCGAGGGUCUCUUCCAAAAGGCCGGCAACGUCGUCAGCGUCCGUCUGACGCGCAACAUGGCGGGUGUUAGCACCGGCACCGCGUUUGUGGUGAUGGAAACCAAGGAACAGGCAGCCAAGGCAAUUGAGAUACUAGAUAAGGUGAUCUUUGGCAACCAUCCCCUCAAGGUGGAGGUGUCAAAGCCGCCCACGCGCAAAACCACCGCGACGAGUCGAGCUGACGGUGAAGCCGAAGGAUCGCCCGAGUCUAGCGCCUCCGGGUCGGGACCUAGUCACGUGUCUGGGCCUGAGAUUGCCGCCCGUACGAUCGCCAUUCUUGGCAUUCCCGACACGAUGAACGACGCGCGCGUCCGCUCCAUCGUCGCCCCCAUCGGCGCCAUCAACAAGCUCGUGCUCCACCCGCAGCACGGCGGCGCUGUCGUUGAGUUCGCUGAUGCGGCGACGGCCGGCAAGGCCUCUCUUGUGAUCAAUAGUACUGAGAUCGAGGGCGGUAAGAAGCUGCGCGUCGGGUCCGUCGGUCAGCUGUUCAAAGAAAAGGCCGAGAAGAGGAUAGACAGGAUCGAUCUGCCCCAUCAGCAGCCGCCAAAAAAGCAGGACGAUUCCAAGGCCAGCAAGAAGGGAAAGACCGCCGCGCAGCUGAUGCCGCCGCCGCCACCCAUCAGGAGACCGCCUGUGUUGGGCAAAGCAGGGGCCAAGAAAGGCCUCGGGUUCGUCGUUCCUGUCAGCAAGGUGCAGAAGGAGCAGAACGCUGCUGCUACGGCGGCGGCGGCGAAGGAUGGCUUGGGCCCGGAGCAGCACGUCAACGGUACCGGUCAAUCGUCGCCAGGCCCACCAGUUGCUCAGAAAAGCAACGCCGACUUCAAGAAGAUGUUCUUGGAGGGAAAGAAGUGAAGGAGAUGGGAUAGGCAACCAAGGCAACAAGCAAUAGCAACAAAUACACAAGAAGGGCAUGGACCACAAGCACAAGCAACGAAGAUGCCUGAUUGGAUCCACGGAGUUGAACGGUCAGGGGCCAUUGGGCACAGUAUGCCGGGACAAGGUCAAGCAAGGUAUGCAUAGGAUCACGGUUUUAGUCAGGGCUCAGGGGGCUACAUUUGACCGCUUAGGGGAGUGGUUGGGUUGGGUUGGGUUGGGCUGGGUUGCAACUUGCAUAGGGCAUGAUGAGCAUGAGCAUGAGCAUGGGAAUGAGUAAAGCAUUCCACCAUAUGAAUACCUAAAGUUUGGGAUUCGCCUAACAUGGAACUGAAGUGUUCGGAGGAUGGCGGAAAUGCUUGGCGGGGAAGGAAGGAAGGAAGGAAGGGGGGGUUAGAGCUUGUUCAGUUGUGUUACCUAGUGUAUGAUACCAUGAUUUGAGAGGAGAGAGAGAUGAGAGAUUUUUUUUUUUUUUCAAAUGAAUGAAGAAGGUUCAAGAAAGAGUGAAAGGAAAGGAAAGGACGGGAUCAUAACUUGUUGAGGUAAUGUGGGGAGCAGGACAACAUGAAGGAAGCGAAUGACGACUGACUACCUAACCUAGACUUGGUGAAGGGGAUGAAGGAUUGAGAGAGAGAGAGAGAGAGAGAGAGAAAAGGAUGUGAUUUUUUUGACCUACGCUAUCGAUCCAUGUUUGUAUCAUGCACGUCCGUACGCCGCCAUUGCGCUGGUUAAUGUUUACCUACCUACAUAGCUAGGUAUGCAGGUUUUGGUCGUUCGGGUACCUUAC